ACUGUAAUUUUGGUCUCGUACGAUGGUUUCCGGUGGGACUACAUGGAGAAAGUUCCUACUCCAAAUUUGAAUUUUAUAGCAAGCAAUGGCAUCAAAGCGAAACACCUUCUCAAUACCUUUGUUACCAAGACAUUCCCGAAUCAUUUCACGUUAGUUACAGGACUUUAUGAGGAAAGCCACGGGAUCGUAGCAAAUACGUUUUUCGAUCCUGUUUUCAACGACACUUUCUACUUAGAUGCGGUGUCAAAGCAUUACUUGGAUUCAAAAUGGUGGAACGGAGAACCGGUGUGGAUCACGAAUCAAAAAGCUUUUAAGAAAAGUGCUGUUGUGUUUUGGCCUGGUUCAGAAGUGAAAACAGAAGGCCAGUACCCUACACACUAUUUACCCUAUAAUCGGUCACUUUCCUUCGAGAAACGAAUAGAUUAUUUAUGUACAAUGUUAGAGCAGGAUGAUCCUCCAAGCUUUUUGGCCGCUUAUUUUAACGAGCCAGAUCACAGUGGGCAUAAAUUUGGCCCUGAUUCACCAGAGAUUAAAAGUGUUAUUCGUAGAAUGGAUAAUGUCACUGGAUAUCUGUUGGAAAGUUUACGAAAUCGAGGAUUGUUGAAUCAGGUAAGAAGAUCUAAGCUUAAAUAAUAACCAAAUCAAUCAGUUUACUGUGAAAGGUUGACAUCACCUGACGACAAUUGUGUCAUCAACAAUUAUGUACGCGAUGAUGACGUUUAUUUAAGCUUGAUACUUAUGGUGUGGCAUCACGGAGCCCUUUCCCUUCUUGGCAUUGUCUGCCGCUGGCUUGUGUCACAAACAAAACUAAAUCUCGUAUUAUGCAUGCAGCAAUUUUACUUGUAACCUUCCCCCCCCGGCACACGCCCGGGGAUUUGCAAGAUUUUUCUUUUGUGGAGGUCUAUUCCCCACUCCCGGGCACGCAGAAAGAGACAAUUCCCCCCCCCCCCACCCCCGAGCUUCUGAUCAACCACAUAUACAUUUUUUGCUGCAUCCGUUGAUGCAUACAAAGGGAAAUUGACCUGUUUUCACAAGUUUUAUGAACGUUUUCCUUGAGGGAAGGAUGACGGAUGUCGUAAUGUAGUUAAAACAUAAAAACUAAAUUUGAAAACAAAAACAAAGAAGAAAAAACUCCUUAAAAAGAGAACACUUCAUGAGAACACUGGACUGGAUCACUGUUUCUCUCUAUAUAUGUCACUAGUAAUAGUUGACACUACAGCUGCCCCAGCUCGGUAUAUUGCCGGUCAAUAGCAUUCUUGCUCGUUGUGUAGCUCUUUGAAAUAUACCAAUUCAUAAGGAAGAUUUUUACGCAUAUUCCACACAAUAGGUGAGAUAAAUACAGGAAAUGCAAGGUUCCAUGCACCGUUUCAGGUUGAUUUACACAGCUUUGAUCAAAACAUUCUCAGUUUCGAGAAUAGUUUAUAUUAAACGAUAAGAAAAGAUGUAAUAAGAAGUUGAAUUUUUUGCCAUUUCUCUUUCACUUUUUACAUUCAGUUCAUUUUAUUUGCUGGAAAGGAAGCCUUAGAAAUUGAAAGGAGGUUUGAUCAAUUCACACUCACGCAUAGUCUUAUUUUAAACUUUAUAGCAGAAGGACAUCUGUGAGCAGGGAAUAAGUCAGCACAGAAUUUGGUUGUCGGCGAAUUUCUGUAAUCGUCCAUCGAUAUGCUAGUGAGAAGCUAGCAGUUGUUGUUCACUCGUCUUGCUUAUUCCGGUCAAAGAGAGAGAAAGAGUGUCUUGGUGCAAGAUCGAGGGAAGACCCCACCAUCCAACGUGAACCCCCCACCCCUCCUCAUUUGAGCUGAAGGAAACCACAUUCUCGUUCCUGAGAGCCACCAGACCAUCCUUCAUCCCAUUAUGCCUAACGUGUCCAUUGUUUCCUGUCAGUUUCCUCGUCUGGAAGCUUCCCAAAAUACGUGCCUUGGUUCUGGUGACCAUUACCCUGGUCGCAUGAUUAUGUUUCUAUUUUUUUUCCUUCCGUCUACAGAAGUGUCAAAGUUUUUUUUUUAAUUUCGAGGUACAGUGGGCUCUAGCGGAACUCAUGUCUUGAACCCGGUGAAAAGGACUGCGGCUGGCCUUUAUAUAAUUUUACAGAUGAAGAAGUAUUUACUCAGUUACCAUAAACUGUUUCUUUUUUCCUUAGAACUUGUUUGGAAAAACUGUGAGAAACGGAGCGUGGAGUGAGGGGGGAUCCGAACGGGAUGGGAUGAGCGGAUCAUUGGGACGAAUCUAUACUGUAAAAAAAAGGAUCAAAGAAGAAUGGAAGUCAGGGACUAUUUACAUGUUGAUCUAUGGCCAUUGAUGGCCAUCUAACAGACUAAAUCAAACAGGCUUCUCAUAUUAUGAAAUCAAAUGUACGUGCAGUUCGAAGAAUAAAAAAAAGCGUAACGUUUCACGUUUGCUUUAUUGAUUUAAGACACUACAAGCGAUACAACACAUGGAACAGUUGAGCGUUUUUUGCUCACUUUUUAACUUUACGAAAGUCUUUUUCUUUGUAUAAAAUAGGGAUGGCGAAAGAAGCAAAGUAUCUCCAUCAAACCUUUUCGCAAUAGAAAAUUUCUCCGCGGCAAGCACCACUCCCUAAAGGCGGAAGCGCGCUUUCACGUCCUUCAUUGGAACAUAAAAUGACAAGUGUCGAUGAUUUUAAAAUGACGUGACAUAAAAUUUAUCUCUAAGAAGACCUUUCGUCACCCCCUUCAUAAUUUGCAGCUAUACACUAUGACUACAUUGCGGAAUAUAAGUCUUCAGUGAGAGAAUAACUGGAAACUUUCACCUCUGUCUCUGAUACCGUACAACCCCUACACAAACCUCCAGCCUAGCUUCCACAUCAACAAACAAUUAUCACCUUCUGUAACUACGCAGCAUCAUAUUCAAAUCGAUGCGAUAUAAGUAUGAUUGCAAACCAAUGUUACACAUUUCGAUGCAUAUAUUAACAUCAUGGUCAUUGCUGCCUCGCAAAAAUAACGAUAAAGGUGAUUUUCUAGCGUUACAUCUAAAGGAAAUAGACUAUGCAGUUAACCAUUCGGCUAAAGACUAAAACGAUUAUUGUAGGUAUUUGCGUGUGUAGCAUGCGAACGGCAGACGUUUCUCCUCGCUCAUCGCCACUGAACGAGGACGUUUCGCGAGGAGGAACGAAACGUCCCUCAGCGGCGAUGAACGAGGAGAAACGUUUGCCGUUCGCAUGCUAUUGCAUGUGUAGCGUGUAGCAUUUAACAGGGGCACCCAACAAGAAUAUAGUUCAAAACCACUUAAACAUAGCAUUGUUAAACGUAUUUUGGUAUUUAAACGGUAGAUAUAGGUGUAUUUUUAUCCCCUAAAAAUUUUUUAUCUGUUCGGAUUUCGUAGCUGAAAGUUUAGUGAUCCGAAAAUUAUAGGGAUCAAAACUUACGUUUUCGAAAAUUUCAGCCAGAAAAAAGGCUUCCGAAAAUUCUGGGUGACCUUUUUAGGCUAAAAAUCCGUUAAAAAUGGGCAAUUAUACCAUUUUUUAGAUGUUCGAAAAUCUUAGGAGAGGCAGGCAAGCAAGAAAUUUUACAACAAAUGUUCCGAAAAUUCUAGAUCUCAAAUCGUCUUCCGAACAGAUAUUUUCCGAAAAUUGACGAUGGGUGCCCCUGAUUUAAGACAUCUCUUUCGACCGGACAUCAACACAAGCUAGGGUCGGUAACCGCUUUAGCUUUAAAAACCCUCAUAUAAAAAAGAGUGAAUCCUUAUUUGUUGUCCUUGUAAAUUUCCCAAAUGGAUAAAGUGUUUGGUAAUGUUCUUAAUUCUUAAUACCACUCUGUUUCAUGAAGAACUGACUUUAAAAGGAGAAAUUUGAUGCUGAUGACUCUUAACAGGGGUCGAUUACUGGCCCCCCCCCCCGGGGGGGGGGGGGGAGGGUUACUUGGGUUAAUUUCUACUGGUUACGUGCCGCUGGCCUCUCAGAACCCCUACCCGAUUGUAGUCUAUUCUGUAGCCAAAUAUGGACUCCAUCUUAGUCACUUUUGGGAAAAUGUAAUUUUCGCGAUAUCAACUUGGUCGCUUUCUGUUCACGCAUCCUACUUAAAAAGCCUUUUAACUAGGUCAUCCUGAAAUGAAUUAAUUGACACAUUGGUCAAACUUAAAGAAGUAAAAAUCUUCCCAUUUUUAUAUCCCUACCUACCUGAAUUUCAGAUCCCCCAAAUCCCAAAAAUAUUCUAUCCCAUCCUAGUAACUCUAAUAAUAAUGCAACCGAUUAUAGUCAAUCCAGUCAUGAAAACAUGUGACCCCAUCCAGCGGCGCAUCCCCAUCAGCCUAUUACUAGGAAGUACCCCUCCUUCAGGCCUGGCUUCAGCUCUUAGGGUUAAUAUAGUUUUUGUCGUUAGACAGCAGCACCCAGAGUUAUGUAGAUGAUACGAAACUCAUCACUUCCUUCGAGCUUAAAGCCAACCUGGAUGCAAUUGCUGAUUUGGAAGACGACCUGUUUAAAAUAGGGGAAUGGUGUUCCAACAAUCAAUUGUUACUAAACCCUGGCAAAACCAAGUUGAUGAUAUUUGGCAGCAGGCAGAUGCGUGCAAAAUUCCAAUUUCGUUACCUUUCCUUUAUGGGUAAGGACAUUGUCCCUACAGACACCGCCAAAGACCUUGGUGUGACUUUGGAUCCUAAUUUAACUUACGAUGAACAUAUAAUUAAAACCGCUUCCUCGUGCAUGUCCCGCCUUGGCCAGAUAAACCGUGUCAAGCAUGUCUUCGACAAACGUACACUUUUGAUGAUUAUUAAUUCCUUAGUUUUUAGCAGGUUAUUUUAUUGCUCCAAUGUUUGGUCAAAUACCUCAAAAUGUAAUGUCAACAAGUUACAGGCAGUGCAGAACUUCGCAUGCCGCAUUGUUAGCGGCGCGCGUAAAUUUGACCAUGUUACACCAAUUCGCAAGGAGCUAAAUUGGCUUUCAGUUCCCAGUCAGCUUUAUUACCGGAACGCUACAAUGGCUUUUAAAUGUAUGACCGGUCAAGCCCCUGAAUACCUUACAUCAAAAUUCAUAAAGCGAGCAGAGGUUAGCCGACGUAGCACCAGAAAUUCACAGCUUUUACAAAUUCCCUUUUUUGGAACAGCUGCCGGUCAGAGAACAUUUUUCUAUAGAACUGUGAACUUAUGGAACUCCUUAGACAAUUCCUUUAAACUGUGUAACUCGAUUGAUGUUUUUAAAACUCGUUUACGUACCAAAUUACUUAAAGAAUUGUAAUUUUAUAUAUAUUUUAAAACAUUUUUUAAUUGUAAAUAGGAUCAUGUAUUGUCUUUGAAAAGCCCCUUGGGAAAGUCAAUAAAGUAUGUAUGUAUGUAUGUAUGUAUAUCAUUACUAAAGAAUUAUUGAGUAAAAUGGAAACAAAAAUCAAAAAGAAUUAUAAACUCAUCUAAGAACUAUUAAAUGCGAAGUUAGAGGGUAUAUAUUUCAAUGCACUAACAUUUCUGUAUAAAAACGUUAUUGCAAUACUAAUGGCUAUCAUACUUGCAGUUUUUCUACUUGGCUGUUGUAUUCAUAUGUUGUUUUUUAAAAUGCAAAAAUUCUUUUAUGGAGUUUUUACAGCCAAGAAGUUGCGCUUCCUUAGAAGGAAAAUGACUGUUUAGAUGUUUUUAUGGAUCUCAAUCUUGACCAUCAAUAUGUCAUCUUUAGAGUACUGUGGGGUACAAACCGUGGCGACGGGUGCAAACUCUGCGUAGCCAUACAGGGUGGUGUAUCCGCUCUCGGCAGCAGCAGGUUUCUGAAAAGCUCCCAGAUUUCUAUUGGCCAUGAAAGUGCCACUGAUAUCGUUGCGGAAGCCAUGAACAUCAGUGCUUUGAUCCUUGAUGGUGAGAGAGAUUCGUCCACAGAAGGGCCAUUCCAGAACAGUAUCGUAUUCUCCCUUCAUCAUGCCAACAAAAAGGCCAAUGUGCUGUUGAUCCCCACCAUUAACGCCUUUUAGGAAAAUGCGCAUGAAGAACCUAUAUUCUUGUAGGCCUGUGUAAAUUGGAGGGCUCUCAAGUGAUGUUAUUAUUCCAUUGAGAGCAUCCUGGAGGUGUUGAGAGAAAUGCUCUAUCUUCCAAAUAUAUUUUCCGCCACAGUUCUGACCAAUGGAUGACUUUGGCUCUGGAGGACUUAACCUAUGGAAAUGAAAAUCAUCUUAUCAUUAUAAAUGUUAUAAUUGUUUUCUGUAAAAUCUUGAGUGUGGUUUUCAUGAGCAAUUUUUAAAAUCUGCCAAAAAGAAAAAAAGAAUUUUAAACAGUGGCUAACAAAUCAAAUAAUGAACGUAUGAACAUAUAUUAGAACUGUUGCGGAAUAGAGAAUUAAAUGUAAAGAAAAUGAUUUUACUAGGAAGCAACUUUUACAACGCAGUUGCGGAAAGAAAGCCUGACAAAUUCAGGCUUGGACCUCUGAGAUAUCGGUAGAGCGCAGUCUAACCACUUGAGCUUACAAAUCAUUUAGUUGGUUUGUUGUAGACCCAUGUAAUAUGCAGAUAAAAUAAUGAACAUGUAAAAAAAACAUACAUUACAACUCGCAAGACAAAGAAUUAGAAGUAACUGAGAGGAUUAUCGAAGUUAUAGAAGCAAAUAUAGUCUCUACUCACUCUCCACCGUUAGGGAUCUUCUCGUUUCUCGAAAGCCCCGAAUUCAAAUUCCGGAGGAGGGUACUUAACAAAUUUUUAUACGGGAAGGCUCCGCCCCAAGGUCCAACCUUACCCUUUUAUUUACCAUUUUUCACGAAAAAAGUAUCCCUUUCGUAUACCUUCUAUUGACAAAUGGUACCCUUUUCACAUACCUUGUUUAGAACUUUUCAUCCCUUUUAACUGCUGUAAAUGCUUUGUCUUUUCAAUAGGAAUCAGUCACAAAAAUGGAACGUUUUCUCGACUUUAUAAAGCCAUAAAAUUCAUCUCUCAGCCCUUUUGGACCCUUUCACAGACCCAAAUGACAAAUUUCCCCAGCCUAGUCCCCAGGCGUUUUCGGCUCGGUCAUUUCUGGACUCUACCAUGAACUGUGACGUCACCGCCCGCUCUCUCCCAGACUUCGCGCGGACAACGGAUCAAGAGAGAACGACUAGAGACUAGGCUAAGAUUUCCCUACCCUUUCAUAUAUCUGAAGCCUGAAAAAGGUACCCCUCUCGGGCGGAGCCUGCCCGUAUAGGCCAGUAUGGGGAAUACCCACCUCCCCCGGAAUUCAAAUACUCAAAUCAAAAUCUGAAGAACGAUUAAGAUCCAGGGUCCUAGUUAACAAACCAUUCCAUUUUGUUUUGUGUACUUAUACUUUUAUUAUGUUAUCUGCAAAACUAAAACCUCUUUCCCGAAUGUAAACAACUACAAGUGUCUGAGCCGGUCAAUUAAUGUCGGAUCUUUGGAGAGCAACGGACCGCUGGACCGUUUGAGAUGAUGAACCAAAAGUUAAAAAAGGGGUUCUAACGCAUGAAUUAAUCAGACAUCAGUAUACUAUCAAAAGAAAUUGAACUGCAAAAAGCAUCUCGGCAGGUUCACCAGAUGGCCAGGUACGGACCCUCAGCUGCGCCAUGUGCACCAUAAGCGUACUAACCUGUUAAUUAUUAUUUGCAGAGGAAGAGAAAUUGCACCAAUGCGUUCAACUUCUUGGGCCUGCUCGUGAAACUGGUUUGUCUCCUCGACAGAGUACCUGGUUCCAUUCUGACGUGCUUGUGGUCUUACCCUCUCGUUGACCUGCAGUCUUCCUCUGUCCAGCUCACCACGAUGUGGUUGCAUGUCACAAGCGUGAUACUGCAUCGCCUGGCUACUCCCUGAGUGCGACUGGAAAACCUUCACAGGUAGCUCCACCAGGAGAUCAGGGUAUCUUGAUACCACAGCUACCAAAGGUGGUAUAUCUUGGGGACCCAUCAGCCCAUUCUGAGUGCCUCGUAUGGCACCAGGCUGUUGAGGAUUUUGUUCCUCUCUAUGUUCUCUUACAUGAAUGGGAUGAUCAACUUCCUCAGUGGGUUGACACACGAUCGCCUACAGUAAAAGAAAUGAUAAAGAUUCUUUUUUUCUUAGAAGAACAUGGACCGGGGGGUACUACUAUAUAUGGGCUCAUGGGUAUGUGCCGCUGUGAAGGGUAUGGUUUUCAAGCAGUUUGGUCUGGGAUAAGAUGCAGAAAUCAGAGAGUUUGCAGGGGCGUAGCGUGAGGAAAGAAAGGUUGCGCCUUCGACGGUACUGCAAACUAGGGAGGUCUGGGGAUAGCUCUAGCGGAAAUUUUUUUUUCAAAUUUAGGGCUCGGAAAUGCCAUUUCCUACGUAUUCGGCAAGACAUUUUCAGGAAAUAAAUACGGAGCAAAAUGCAAUGUUUAGUUGUUUAAUUUACAUCUCUAGUGUUAUCGGUAGGGUGCAAUGUUAACGGAAAAAAGGGAAAACGGUGACGUCAUCAAGGAGGCUACAAGCAAAGGGCGAGAUGUCCACCCUUAAGAUGGGUAAAGACACCAUUAUAAUGCGAAAGAUUUAUCAGUUAUCCCGAUUUAAUGAUUAAAAUACUUCCUGGAAAUCAGGGAAAAAGUACUGAUAUUAUACAGAUCAGUGCAGGUGUUCUCACGGGCGUAUGUGCGUAUAUAGACGCUGCGCCCCUGGUUUGGAUCUAGAAUAGGGUGUAUCAUUUCCAAGGAAAAAGGUCAAUUGGUCGAGGACUGGGAAAAACGGGGACUGACACUAGAAAAUGAAAUCGGAAAAUUUAAAUUUACCCGCAACUCAGUUUAUUAGCAAAGAUAGCGAUGACCUCAGUAGUUUCUGGAAAAAAGCGACUAUAGGAUAGGAAGGGAUUUGAGAUGUUUGGUCAAGUAUAGGAUAGCAAAGUUAGCUGAACUAGGUCUGGUAUAGGCUAGGGGUUCUAAGGUCUCAGCGGCACAUUCCCACGCAAACGUUCCGACCUAAAGUACAACCCCGGGGGACUACCUGAUCACUUCUUUGUGUAGUGUUUCCUGAGUACACAGAUUCGUCAAUUAAGAACAGUUAACCGGGUACAGCUCUUGUGACCCCUCCCCAUUCUUUUGUGAGAAAAUUAGAGAGUACUUGAAGACUAUGCCAGAACCUGGAUCCGGAAAGAACUCUUUCUCUCAUCAGUCUCGUGUAGGUCUCGAAGACUAAUAACAUGCUGAUAGAAACCAGUCUCUAAAAAAGAAAAAUGUCACCUACCCCUUGCUCCGUGGGAGCUCUCGCUGAAGCAACUGGAUACCUUACAGCUCCAUUGAUUCCUCUAUAAGGAAAAGAUACCAAAAAAUAACAUGAAUUGUAGCCACCUGGGGUCUCUGUAUAUUGAAAGUGCUUCAAUAGAUCCCGUGAAUAAGGUGACAAAAGAUUGACUUUGUUUCUUAAAAUUGCAUGUAACACUGAUCUCAGCCAAAAAAACAUUGGCUGCAUGAAACUAGCCAAAAGUGCAUGCUCGUAGUGACGAAGUAUGCAAAAAAUAAUGCUACCACAAUCUUUCAAAGCCUGUUUCCAGGCGCGGUGGCCCUAAUGUAGUUUUUUCAGGAGUGAACUAAAAUACAAGAAUUGCCCAAAGAAGAAAUGGCUAAAUUCUAUAACUAAAACUGAAAGGAAGAGAUCGGCAAGAACACGCGAAACAUAUUGUUCCAAUGGAUGUUAUCUACUUUUGGAGGAGUAUAUAUCUGUUUAUAUCCGAUCCUGAAAGCAUGCCGAGAAACAGGCCAAAGUAAGUAGCAGUCUUCCCAACAAUUUUGACGAUGAUUGUAGAUACUAGUCUGCUACACAGCCGUUUUUAGAGUCGUCACGCAAGGCUCCUCCUCACUUGUUUUCAAGCGACGAUUUUGAUUAUUCUGUCAUUCACACAUGGGGCACCGAUAAAAGCAAAGCUGUGAGUGGAGGAGUCACAGUACCGCAAACGUGGCGUGAACACCUUCCAGAAAAUGGGAGCUGAAUUAUAAUUGGUUAAUCACGGGAAAGGAAUGUAGUUCGGUUUUCAGCAGCCGUUAGUGGGGAGGAGCGUUGCGUGACGACACUAAAAACGGCUGUGUAGCAGACUAUGUAGAUACCGGCUUGAGUGCGACUAAUUCAUGAGCGUGACUUGUUUCCAAUUGACUGACGUCAACAGAUCGAAGCUUUUUGAUUGGCUAUAAAUGUACAUAAUUUUAAAGCACGCUUAUAGUAUUCAUCAAUUGAUCUAAACAGUUUCGCUUUGUUGUUGUUAAAAUGCAGGUUAGAGUAAAUGGGCUUCCAGAUUGGGAAAUACAUGGAAGUAGACAAACGACUCAAUUAUUUUCGACGAAAUAUUGAGGCGGGUUUCAGGCAGAGUUGUUCCAAAUCAAGGUCGACUCUACUUCCGGCAUUAAGUACAACCGUGGCCAUUAAUGAAUUUUGGAUGCGAAAAGAGCGGACGACGAUCAUUCCAUUUAAGAAGGGAAUUUUUUAAAGUACACACAGGAGACACCUCGAAAUAUUGGUACGUGUCUUGUUAUCGUAAAGUUAAACCUAGCAGGGUACUUUUGAAACUUCCUUUUCUCCGUCUCGAAUACAUUUAUUAUAACAUCAUGAGCGCAUGUUGGUAGACUAGCUACAAGUCGACCUUACUAGUUUCACUUUUACAGCAAAGAGCAAGCGGAGCGAGCUUUAUAGGACGAAGGACUUUUUCGAAAAUCUGCCUGUAUGCUAGUGAUGAAGCAUGUUAGGCGGGGGAAACCCAUACACACAAGUCGCCCAAACUAAUGUAAGCACAGACUUCACCGAGUUAUUUUAACUGAAAAGACAAAUCAAGUUCAUACAUGGAGACAUCUGAGAUGAGACAGGUGUCAAAAUCAGUCUUUAUUCUACCGAUUUGUAGACAGCUUUUGGGAACGAUUCGUCAUAACUCGCCAUGUGAAUGAUAUAAAUUGGGUUUACUUUUUUAUUUUUCUAGGUUCAUUCAUAGCACUUCCUUGCAUGUUACUCUGCCAAAAUAAAGAAUGACUGAAAAACUGAAAUAAAGAUGACCUUAUUUGUCACUUCGGGUAAUAAUAUUAUAACAUUUUGUACUCUUUGCAAUCCUUGCUUAUUUUUUUUACUGCAUUUAAGCCUCUGAUCUCAUACAGAUAACAUAUUUUAUUAGAAAUUAGCCUGAUGCCUGAAAUCACUUUGUUACAAAUUAUGGUUAGGGAAGAUAUCAUUUAAUUUCAAGUCUAUUUAAGCUUUAUAUAAAACUCCAUUAAUCGUAGUACAUAUGUUGCUAUUACCUGAUAUUUCUUUGUUACAAGUCGUUUAUAGAAGGAUUCUAUGAGUUAAAAAACUGAUUGAUUUUUUCUAUUACUUUUAGUAUUCAUCCAUUGUUUUGCUUGCCCAUAUUAUUUCAAUUUGAGUGUUUGUGGACGAUCUAGGCUUUAUAUAGCACUCACUUUAUCGUAGUAAGUAUUUUGCUAUUGUUUUGAUGAAUUGUGCUAACUAACGGGGACAUUCAGUUAUUCAAAACUAGCAGCCGCCGGUCACACAGCAAACUUACACUUUCUUUAGUGUACUGUUAUAUGUAUUAUCAAGUGGUAGUAGAUUUAUCCAGUUUUGUCUCAUUUUCGUCAACAGUGCCGAGCCUGAGCAGCAGGCCUUCCUAAGGGGCUAGAGGAGAGGAGUUACAACAGUGCAAGAUGUAAUAGUGAGCUUUCACAACAGGACGGCAGAAAAAUAGGCGCCUUGUUGGCGCAUGUGACUACUGCUGAAGAAGAAAAGGUAUUAAAAGUAUAAUUGUUUUAAAUAGGCUGUUCUUUGGAUAGUAAUGUAUUGAAAACGGUGAAUAUCGAGCGAUCAUGGCAAGCUUUGUGAAGCUGUAUGAUGAUUGAAAUUUUGAUUUUAUUUACCUCGAAUAUAACAACUUGCUUAAACAAAUAAAGUUGAUGAUGAUGAUGAGACGAUGAAGGUAAGGUAAAGCGUGUCUGUCUGCUGAGCCUUGGCACAGGGAUAUGAAAAGAUGUUGGCAGGCAGUCAAGAGGUUAAUAUGGACUUGGUUUGUUAUAAAAAAUAGGACUCAAUGAUUGGCAAAUGAAAACUUUUUAAUUUUAAAGAUUUUAAUAAACGUAUGAAACAUGAGUUAUUACAAACAAGAAUAGUAAACAGUAGUUUGCACGUCAUUGUUUUAGAAUUAUGUUUAAGUGAACAAUUUUAACAUGUUUUUUUUUGUAAAACUGGUUUUUGUAUCAAUUUUCAGUGGUGACGUGACUAAACAGAACUUCAAUCUUAGAUGUAACUACAUGUGUACAUCCUAGAGUAUGAACUGUUAUGUUAACCAAAACGUGUUUAUUUUUGUAGCAAUUCUUAACUUACUAUUAUGUUAACCCAAACCCGUUUUUUGGUUUUUGUAGCAAUUCUCAGUACUAGCAAAACUUAACAGAACUGUAAUGAUAGAUGUAACUAGAUGUACAUCCUAGAUUAUAUACUACUGUGUUAACCAAACUGGUUUUUUGUAGCAAUUCUCAGUACUAAUAAAAUUCAACGAAACAGAACUGCAAUGAUAGAUGUAACUACAUGUACAUCCUAGAGUAUAUACUACUGUGUUAACCAAACUGGUUUUUGUAGCAAUUCUCAGUACUAAUAAAAUUCAACGAAACAGAACUGCAAUGAUAGAUGUAACUACGUGUACAUCCUAGAGUAUAUACUUCUAUGUUAACCAAAAUGUGUUAAUUACAUGUUAGUUACUCCUUUUGGGCAAUCUUGAGGACUACUUUGGUUGUUGUGUUGUAUGUGAAGUUUACUGCUGGAAGAUUUAAUAAACUGUUUGUGAGAAUGUCCCGAGUUAAUGUUGGCUGGCUUUUUGGUUUUGAAUUGCCAGUAUCUGCUUGAUUGGCUCCUCAAACAAUGUUAGUUCUAGGGACUUCUCAUCAGAGAACUGUACCAUUACCUGAGCAUACCAGUGUUGAGAUGCAGGUUUAAGUUUUUUUGCUUCAUGUGACAAUUUUUGCACCCAAAUAUGCUGCUCCAGUAGAUUGCUCUAGUUUCUUUUUACACUUAAAGCAAGAGAAGUACGAGUUGAUGGAAACUAUUCCCAUUAUUUCUCCUUGACGGUUGUGGAUACAAAUUGUGUAGUGUCCUGAGUUAGUGGCACAGCUAGGAUUUCAGUAAAAUCUUCUGUGAGUCUGAUUUCAGUGCCAUAUUUAGCAGUGUUUAAGUAAAUGGUUUCAUUGUAUUUGUCCUUUUCGUACAGUUACAUUGUGGAAGAUAUAUGUUCGGUUGUUUUCCACUUGGUUAAUAAAAUUCUCCCACAAUACCAUUUUCAUUGAAGCUGUAGGGUCAAGCAGAAUACAGUUCACAAGAGUUAAAUCUCCUGCUUUUUGCUGUUUGGACAUGUUGGUUAGUUUGGCCUUUACAGUUAUAUGCUGGCCAACUCGAACAGAUUUGACUGACAAAAGGGUGGUUGAAGAUUGUAUUUGUGAUCUUUGGAAGUCCAGUUCUGGAUAGUGUUCGACUAUGACAUCAUGUCCCAUCAACAGAUCACUGGUGUUUGCAUUGGUGUCUACUUUGAACCUUUUAAUUUUUAUGGGGCUCUUCUUGUCCUGAAAGUCUGCAAAAAUCUUGCGCUUACUUGGUGAGAAGCACACGGCUCGGGUAACUGAUUCAUCCCUCCCUUGCAACUGGCAUUGAAAAAACUUUUCGUUAUACACAGCAGAAACAUUAUGUAUGUAUCCCACAAAUUCUUGACUUGAAGAAGGAGCACCAGUGCUGUGAGUAGCUGUUUGCUUUGAGAAAUCAUCCAUGACUGAAAAAAAGAGAAGACUAUUAAUAAAUAAAGGAUUAUUGCCUAUAAAAAAUAAAGGACACAAUAUAAGCUAAACCAAUCCUUUGAGUAUAUAAUUACUGAAAUAUAGUGGAUAUUUACCUGAUGAUUACUGUUAGGGGAGAGGGAGGGUACAGGGAUGAAGGAGUUAUAGAAAUUACUGAAUCUUUGUAGUGAUUAUUAUGAUUAUGUAGUCAUCUUUUAGUAUGGAUUGUAUUACAUCUAGGUGUGGUUGUGUCCUUAUCUGUAUAACAGGCAAGAAAAGUUUGAAUUGAAGUUAUGUUUCUGUAUUGACAUAGUUUAUUAACGCACAUAUUGUUUUGUGGUCUGAAAAAUAAGUUUCUAACAAGUGUAACUUUGCCUGAGAUUCUGGCAGGUUAGUAUAAAUGUGGUCUAUAGCUGUUUUGCUGUCAGUGGUAUACAAAGAUACUAACUGUCUGUAGUUAUUUUCUGUAAUAAAUAGAUUAUAUAAUGGAACUCUAUCAGUUUGAUUUAACCAGUUUACAUUAAAAUCUCCAAGGAAAAUAUUGUACUGUGUAGUUGUAUGUAAAAGUACCUGUCUUAAUGCAAUACACAAUUGUGUUACUGGCACUUUUGGGGAUCGAUACACACCAAUAAUGGUGAGAUGAGGUAGAUACAUGCAUUUAAUGAUAGUCAGCUCAACACCAUUCCUAUUUAAACAAUAAGGAGAGCCAGGAAUUAAUUGGAUUCUGCUGUAUACUGCUGUACCUCCAAACGGUCUUGUAGUGUUAUUAGAGUCACAGUCAUUUCUAAACAAACUAUAUCCAUCAAUGGCAUACAUGCUAUCAUGAUCUGAAUGAGUAAAUCUUGUUUCUGAAAAAAUGCUUAUGUCAGUGUUUGAGUAGUUGAGAUCUUUACGUAUAUCAUCUAUAUGUUUGUGUAAUGACCUUGCAUUAAGAUAGCAUAUUUUUAAAGAAAGUGGACUUUUACUAUAAAGAGGAGAUACUGACAGACUUAGACCUGAAUUUUCAGAACUCGUCUCAUUUCUGUUUGUACAUCAGGACUGACAGCUAUUUUCUUUUCACAAAGAUUAGUUAUAUGUAAUCCUUCUAUGGUUUUAACUCUGCUAAGACCCACAUAAUGUAUGUGAGGUAUUGCCUUUUUAGUAUCAAAGUUAACAACUAUUCUACUCUCAGUGUCACCUUGUGAUCUGUGAAUAGUUUUAGCAGCAGCAGGCCUCAGAGGGAAUUGUUUCCUCACAACUUGAGCUGUUCUAUUUCUUCCUACAGCAAAUUGUGUAGUAAUUGGUUUGAUAGGUGUCCAAGUAGUUUCUAUACCCUGUGCAUACAAGUGCUUAUUAUCACAUCUAGUUUCCCCCCUACAUCAGCAUGAUCAAACUGUACCCAUAUUAUACCAGAUGGUUUGUUUUUCUGAUGUAAUUGUACUUUUUAACAACAUUUCCAGCACCAUUUGUCAUGCCAUCUUCAGUUCUUAUAUUCAUUGCUAAUUCUGUUCUUUCACCUUCAGCUACAUGAAGAUUAGAGACAAUUUGUUUUGUUUUCCUUGGGUCAUCAGGUAUCUGCUUCAUUAUUUUAUCCCUAAGCUCUGAACAGCUUGCUCCUAUUACACUAUCUUGCGAUUUAAUAGAGUACUUUCUGCCUUUUGCUGCUUGGUGCACCUUUUCAUUGAAAUCAUUUACCUUUUGUUUUGUAUAAAAAGAUGAGGAAUAUCCAUUAGGAAGUUGAGGUCACUUUUUUUCAUCAAACAUUCUUUCUUUAAGUUUCAGAAUGUCGUCAAUUGUAUGGAUGCCUUCUCUUAAUCUGUUCAAGAUUUCAGCAAAUAAUUUGCUUUCUCUCUGUCUCAUAAUUUCAUGUAGCUCGAACAUUUUAAAAUGUUUUUGCCAUAGGUUUGGAGCAAGGAUGCUGUAUUCUGAGUUGUCUAAAUCUUUAAAUAUAUAGCCAUCCAUGACAGGCUGAAGUUGAAAUAAAUCACCAAUAGCAAUUAUACUGAUACCUCCAAAGUCAUCCUUACUACCUUUUAUAUCUUUAAGUCUAUUGUUGAUUUGUACAUUAAACAUGGUAUUUCCUACCAUUGAUAUCUCAUCUAUGUAUAUCAGUUUCACACCUCCCAGCUGGCACCUGAGAGUAUUUAGUCUACUAGAAUCCAGUGGCUUAUAGUCUUUCAAAGAUUGACAGGCUGGUAUUGCAAGAGCACUAUGUAUUGUGUUGCCUUUGAUAUUAUAGGCUGCUUUACCAGUAGGAGCUAACAUUAAAACCUUUACUUGAUGAAAAUCAUCUCCAGCUUUGGUGUUAUAGUAUUUUAAAGCUGCUUGAUACAAGGCUUUUGUAACAUGUGAUUUACCAACACCAGCUCCUCCACUGAGAAAACUAUAGAAUGGAUCAUUGGAUGUUUUCAUAAGAUGUAAGCUAUGGUAGAAGAAUUCCUUUUGUUCUUUAUUUAGUGUCUGGACCAUAUUACGGUAUUCGUCAUCUGGUAUUUCAUUUAAUAUAAGUCGUUCAGUGUUAGCUGCAGUAGAUGGAAUGCCUAUGUCUUCUGAGAGGUCAUAGCUCUCGGUGAAAUCAGGGUGCAAAUCUUGUGCACCUUCAGCCUCAUCAUGAAGUUCUAUAUCCUGAGUAUUGGGUGCUAUCAAAUCAUAAUUAUUGCCAUUUUCUUCCAUGCUACUUAAUUUUUCUUCAAUUUCAUCUAAGUCUUGACUACAAACAGCAUAUAAUUUCAUUUGCUCCUCUAUUUGUCCUUUUAAUAGCAAGUAAUUUUCUUGGUAUGAAGAACAAUUGCCAAUCAAGUCAGUGUUUUCAUUUCUCCAUGAUGUGAAUAGCAUGAUUAAUUCUCUAUAAUGUUUUUCAGGGUCUGCUAUCUUAUUAAAACCAACACUUCUAAUAAUUCUUGCUUUUGAACGCUUUUUAUUCUUUUGACAUUUAAAUUUAUUUUGGCAAGUUGCAUUAUGAUCAUCAUCACCAUUUUCAUCAUCAUCAUCAUUUUGUUGUUCAUCAAUUGAUGUUUCUAAAAGCAGAUCAUCAAUAUCUGUUUCAAAUGACUUUUUUAUCAUAUGGCUUUCCUGGUAAGUCAUACCACGCAGCCCAGUCAGCUAAUGUUAAGUGUCCCAAUUUUGCAGGACGUUUGGUAUAUCUAUCCAGUAACCCACUGGCGUAGAUUUCUUCAGAAUCGUCUUCCAUUUCUUUGAUAUCACUAAAACUUUUCAAAAGUUUAACUCUAUCUUCUGGAGGUGAGGUAUUGACAAACACUACCUGACGAGAUGAUUUCCUCAUUGGUAAUUGCAACACAAUAUAUACGGCUUCUUGUGCACUGAUUUCAACAUUGUUUAGGAAUUUAUUGCCUAUAUCUCUGACUUGUUGCUUAAUAGAAGCAUUGCCUUUUCUGGUUUCAUUACAAGCAACUCUCAAAAUUUCACUGAUGCCUUUUUGCGCUUUUUGAGAUGUAAGAGGCGAUAUACAUUGCACAUGCAUAAACAUCAAGAACAAAUUGAAUGUCCAUGUUUGCUCUCCAUGCACUAAGGCAAGAACUGUUGUAAUUAUUUACCCGUAAUUCAUUUGGUUGUCGUUUUAAAAAUAUGGUAGGAGAGUUUAAGCUUGACCUGAUAGCAAGGAGGUAUGUUUCCUCUGAGACAUUUAAAUUUAGAAGCAGUUGGUCAAAUGUUAUCUCUUCUCCUUCUUUCAUAUCGUUUAAUUUCUUUUUUAUAUUUUUCCAGGUUUCUUUGAGUUGCUUAAGUUUAUUAGGUGCCUUUUCAUCUUCAUCUAUAGGGUACAGAAUUGCUGUGGCCUUCAUAGGUGGCUGGGGAUAAUUAAAUCUACAUUCUGUGUUUGAUUUUUUUCGACAUGUAUGAGAAUGCCUGUGUAUUUGUCGGUUGACAA